AUGGUAACUACACCAGAAAAACAAGUAGUAGAAAAACCCGUAGAACCAGUUAAACAAAGAGAAGAAGAAGUUAAAGAUAAAAAAGCAGUGAAAGAUAUCCAAGUCUAUGCACCACCCCCUAUUUAUAAACCAACAAUUCCUUAUCCACAAAAGCUUAAACAAACCAAACAAGAUGCCCAAUAUAAGAAGUUUGUGAAGGUAAUUGAGAAACUCCACGCCGAAAUACCCUUCACUGAAGUUAUCACCCAGAUACCAUCAUAUGCUAAAUUCCUAAAGGACACCUUAACAAACAAGCGCAAGGUUGACGAUUCUAAACCAUUGGAAUGCAAUUCAAUUGUUGAAAACAAACUAGCAAAGAAGGAGAAAGAUCCCGAAUUUUUUUCUAUACCAUAUAUUCUAGAAAUCCAUGUUAUUGAUAACACACUACUGGAUUUAGGAGCAAGUGUGAGUUUGAUAUCUUUAGAUGUUUGCAAUAGGUUGAACCAAGGAGACAUACAACCAACUAGGAUGUCCUUUCAACUAGCUGAUUGCUCAGUUAAGUACCCAAUCGGUAUAAUAGAAGACAUCCUAGUUAUGAUUGGUCAACUUUAUAUUCCAACCGACUUUGUCGUAAUGGACAUUAGGGAAGACGAAGAUAUCCAUAUUCUUAUAGGUAGACCAUUCUUAUCAUUUACUUGA